UUUUGGAAAAAUUGUCGAAUCAAAAUUCUUUUAAGGGAGACACAACUUCAUAUCAUGAUUAAAAUGUUUACGAAGUUUCAAAGACAUCGGUCGAAAAAUGUAGGAGGAGAUUGCCGGACAAACAAUAGUUUACGCCGAACGGACAACCCGAUACCAUAAUACUACCGUCAAAUUUGACGGUCGUAUAAAAACCGUCUGUCUGUAAAAUUUAUCUUUAAAUAUAGACAAUCUGACAAUGAACAUGACCGUAUGUACAUAUGUACUAUAUUAUAAAUGCUUGUCUAUAAAGACCGUCUUGGAAAUUCCCCGUUUCCGGUAUAAAAAUGACCAAAGGGCCACAACUCUGUACAUAGUCGGGUAAUAGAUAAGGAUCCAUUACGAGACACUCCCUCAUCCCCAGAGGUACUCACAUACGACGUUUAGUAAUUGUAGACGACACAGUAUAUGAAAUAUGCUCAAAAGAACAGGGCCUACAGAAUUAUUGACUGACGGACCGAGAGCGAACCUAUAGUCGCCUCCCAUAGGAACUUAUUUAUGGCUUUGAGUUUACGUAUUACGUGCUUCAUAAAUAUGGUUAAACGUUGAACAGCAAAUACAUUCCAAUAACAGGGAUACACAAUAACCCUGUGACGAGCCCCAGUUUUAUCGUUGAUCAGGGCCUAUAUGUUCAAAUCCGGACAUGCUUCACGACAGAAAAAAAGAGCAUGGAAAUGUCUAAAUAUUCAAAUAAAUGUAUUUUUUAAUUUCUCGAUCGGGGUGAAAACGUUAGAGAUAUUAUUGUUACAAAUGUUAAGAUAAUUUUAAAUAUGAUGCCACACACAAAUUGACGUCAAGUUGAGGUUAAGCUAAUCAUACUUAACAUAAUUUGGUUCUGGUGUCUGAUAAACGACAGUAGAGCAGCGCCUUAUCAAUGUUGUUCACCUGUAGCAUUAAUGAAAUACGCUGUGCACUUGUAGUAUUAAUUAUUAAUGAAAUAUUAAGUCGUAUUAUAAUGCUGCUACAAAAGAUAAUUUGCAUGAACUUCAUUUCAUGCUGUUUGUCUAAAGUGUCUGGACAGUUUCAAGAUCCGAAUCUCAACGUUUACAAUGUCCUGAACCCAUCCAUUCGUUCAGUUUUAUCCGAAACCCUACGACGCAUGGAUGAACUAGAGCAGCAACGUGAUGCAGACAGGCGAAUGAUAACAGACCUAGGCAGACGGGUGGCAGACCUUGAGACGAGGCAUGCACAAAGGUUAGCAGAAAUGACAAGCAACAUAGACGAGUUGACGACAGAAAACCAACGCCUACAUGAAAAGGUCGGCGUGCUCCACAAUGUACUUCCUGGUACACAAUGGUCAGAAAGUACUGACAACAACAAUACUACAGAAAACUCGAGGAAGAGAGAACUGAUCAUUACAGCAAAGAGGCUGGACCAUGAGAUAUCAAACAUUGGCGUGGAACUUCGGGAGUCUCAGAAAGAUGCGCCAAUCAAAGCCGUGGCAUUCUAUGCGAUUCUCGCUCACGAAAAUCAUGAUAUAAGCCAGGACAGCACCAUUGUGUUUGAGAACAUUGUGAUAAACGUGGGUGGACACUAUAGCCAGUUCACUGGAAUGUUCACGAGUCCCUUAGCGGGACUUUACGUUUUCCACUGGAAUGUCAAGUCCGACUUUAACUCGUGGGUCAUCAGCGAACUAGUGCGAAACGGAAGUGCUCUCGGGACGGAUCUUAGUACAUAUCCCAACUCCGGAUCAGCGACAGCAAUAGCAGUACUGGAGAUAGGAGAUUGUGUUUGGGUCAGGAUCACGUCAAACACGGCAGGGGCAGAAGUUCAACCAACAUUUACGACCUUUUCUGGGUUCUUACUGCAGCCAACAUGACUUGUAUAACGUAAAUCCGUGGAAUUAGUGUUAUCCUCAGAAUGAAGAUGUCCGUUGUCCUUUUGGAUCAACAUGCUGCAGUUUCUCGAAUGUUCUUUUAAUUCAGUAUUUUCCAGUUGGGGAUAACAAACUUUCCAAUGAAAAAUCUGAAGUUUCAGACUUUCUUAAGUUAAAAAACAAUCCUGAAACUUGGCCAUCAACAUCAUUUUGUAGCAAUAUGACAGGCUUGUACAUAACAAAAGAGGUUUGUCAUUUUGUUUUGCUAUAUGUUUGUACUUUUCAUCAAUAGAACAUCAAUUGAGCAUACCUGUAUAUCAACUGCAAUCAAAGUAGCAUGACCACCCUGGUUAUUCUUUACGAAAUUAAAUAUAUAGUAUUAUUAUUAACACAGGUUGUGCAUACUACUUAGUAUGCUAUACUAAACUCUAUUUAAUUAUGUAAUUCUUACGGGUAAAACUUUGAAAAUUAUAUAAUAAUUACAGGUAAAACUCAAUGUAAUACAUUAAAAGUAAUCGUAUAUUCAUUAUGGGUAAAACUUCAUAUAAUGAUGUACUUAUUAAUCAAUUCAUAAAAUGAAUGCAUCACACACUUAUAUAUUCAGUUAAACCAGAUUUACUAUACUAAUUAAAUCAUACUUAUUACAGACACUAAUUCAAGUAACUUUAUAAUAAUGUUUACCGGUAAUACUUAAAGAGAUUAAAUAUUGAUUGUUACCGUUAAUAAUUCAGGUAAGUAUGUAUUUAUCAAUCGUAAUAAUUCACGUAUUUGUAGACUGAUUAUUUGGUAUUAGAAGCAACGCUUCACGUUAUCAUACGAAAUAUACCAAUUCCAGUUGAGUUUUAUGUAGAGGUGGAAUGGGGAUGUUUCUAAUUUUGUAAAUAUACAUGGUUUUUAUAAAUAUAACGCCGGUGAUAAACUUUGGUUAUAGUUACAUAUUUCUCUACAUCAGUGGAGUUAUUUGUUAGAAGUUUACAUUUGCAUUUUCUGAAAAGAAUCUUCAUUUUUAUUGAAAUAUUAUUCCCUUUAUAACUGCACGAAAUCCAGCCCAAGAUUACAAAAGAUUUGGAGAAUACUAGCACGCUUGGAACUAAAGCACAAAGUUAAAUAGUAAAAAGAAUACACACAUACGUAAAGAGAACAGGAACAAAGAGAAAACAAGCUUUCAGAUUAAGUCCUGAUUUCCAAAUGUUUACAUGUAAUUAACUUGGACCUAGAUGUUCUCUGUUUGUGGGGAUUUCAAUUCAUGAACUGGUACUUGUGACAUGAAUAUAUUUUCAUACUUUUUUCAUCAGGAAAUAUAAAUUACGAAGCAUUUUCUCAUCCGACAGGAAAGUUGAACCGGUAAUAAACUUUGUUAUAAAAUUCAUAUAGACAUUUAUCUCCUAUCGAUAACAAAAGGAAAAUCUUAAAAUCAAUUAUUUUCGUUUUACCAAUUCUAAUUGUAUAUCCACAACCAUUCAGUUAAUCACAAUUCCUAUUGUUCAAUCAAUUCAGUUCUGUUUUAUGAAGUUUUAAAUUUUGCUGCUAUUAAACAUGUCAAAACUCGAAAAUAAGGAGGACCACAUUGUGAAUCAAAAUGUUGGACUAAUACCCUUUUUAAACAUAAACAAAUUUUUAUUUACAUAUCCAAGUUGAUUUUCUGCUCAAAUCCUUGCUCCAAAUAACAUUUCUGUGAUAGAUGUUGACUGCUAUCGGAGAAAUUCUUCUGAUUUUUAAGACUAUAGGCAAGUUUUACGAUUGCCACUCUGAUCUCAUUUGAAAAUAUUAUAUUUUCUUGUGUGACGUGAAGGUGGAUGUUUUUGACUACACAAUGGUGUGCCUUGCUUCCUUGUCAUUACCCUGGUUCUUGCUUUGAGGACGUUACAUUUCUCGGAUUUGACAUAGACUUACAUGGUAGUUAGCAAUUUCUGCUUCAAAGAUCACUACAGAAGUCGCUAACCCCUCUCCUGCUCUUCUCUCUCUUUUACUGAUGUUUUAAUUUAGUAUUUGUCCUGGUU